GAGCAUGAUAUCAUGAUUAAGGUUAUAAAAUCUGAACCUACUGAAGUCAAGAUAAAAACUGAAAAGAGUGAAAUUCCUGAAAAUGGAAGAGUACCUCCAGCUAGAUCUUCUAGCUUUCAUCUCAGACCACAAACAGUGAACUUUGUAUCUCCUGUCUAUGAUGCACGUUCUUCAUCUAUGAAGUCUCAUGAAGAAGCCGCUGCUGCAGUGAAUGCUGAUAGCCAAAAGGAAGUCAUAGAUCUCACCAGAACAUACAAUAAUCAAGAACAAGAAAAAUUUUUCCCAUGUGAAGAGGUUGUAGUUGGAUCAAAUGCUGCACUAAAAAAUGGUUUGAGCUCCAGGAAAUCAGCUGAGAAACACAAGAAGGGAAGCAGUUCUAGAUGCAAUAAUGAUCUAAAAGAGGCAAGUCUCAAGAUAAAGGAUAUGGAUGAGAUCCCGAGUUUUGAUCUUGGAUUUUGAGAGGAACCUUGACAGAAUAUUGAGU